CGGAGAUAUGGCGGGAAAUUCAAAAUGGUAGCUGGAAAAUGGCGGAUUGCUACCUUUCUGUUUGUAGAUGUUCGUUUGUGAUCAAUUGAUGUUGUACAUUCGUAACACGGGCGCCGCUACUGGCCGUAAUUCGACGUCAUUCUAAUUUUAUUUAAAAAGCGAACCAGGAUAUGCGGCAGCUAGCCAUAUUACUGACUAACGUCACGACGAAGAUUCACAAAGGGCCUACGACAGGUUUCAUCACUACAUCGAAGCAAUGGAUUUCAAAUUUCUCAACCUAUACAACCUGCAAUGGCUGUCAAGGCUUGAGGAUCCUCUAUUUCGGUUCGGAUGCCUUCAGCUUAGGACCACUUCAACAUAUUGUGGCAAGGCUUAGGAAAAAGUCGCUUGGAAAAAGUCUAAUUGAAGAAAUUUGUGUUGUCGUAUCAGAGGCUCCACUUUUAGCAAAGGAAAAGAAGAAGCAGAUUUCAAAUGACUUCAUUGAUUAUGUGCAAAAAGAGAGGCUGUUAGUUCAUUAUUGGAACAGAGACCCUAAAAAGGAGCUGAUCAAUUUUGAUUUUGGAGUUGUAGCCUCUUUUGGACAUCUUAUCCCAAAAAAGGUUAUUCAGAGCUUUAACAGGGGCAUAUUAAAUGCACAUCCAUCACUAUUACCAAAAUGGCGCGGAGCAGCCCCAAUUAUACAUACAAUUUUGAAUGGCGAGGAAAAGACUGGUGUCACUAUUAUUGAUUUAUCAAUUGGAAGAUUCGAUAAGGGAAGAAUAUUUACCCAGACUGAAAUCAAUGUCGAUGACACCUGGAGUAAUGAAAUAUUAACAGAAAGGCUUGGUGACCUAGCUGGAAAAAUGAUAAUGGAUGUUAUUGACGAUUAUGAUUAUUAUGCAGCCAGAGCCUACACACAGCCAGAGGAAGGCGCAUCAUAUGCCCCUAAAAUCAACAAAGACUUGAGUUACAUCAAAUGGGACACGGAUAGCUCUUCUUACAUCGACAGACUGCACAGAGCAAUUGGUCACAAGAUUGGCUUACACACGCUUUUCGCUGGUAAACUGAUAAGGCUUGUUGACGUCACAGUUCUGAGAAAGGAAGAGUGCAAGACUUUUGAGCGGAGAGUGGAAAUAUCUUGCAAUGCCGGCGAAGCUUGGUUCGACAGAAAAACAAAGGAGUUGUUUAUCAAAUGCACAGAUGGCUGGCUAAAGGUAUCUCGGCUGCAGAUGCAAUACAAAAAGGUAGUGUCAGCUGCCGAUUUUUAUAAUGCCUACAUGGUCGAUCGACGAACGAAAGGGAUCAUUCACAACCAGUUCCAUUCAGUAAAUGAUUCCAAACUUUGACGUCAGAGUGACUUCUUAAUGCGUAGUGCUAGUAAGUUUUAAUGAUUCGAAUAUUAAAAUCAAUUUGAUUCAGAAUUGAUUGGUAAAAUUAAGUUGCUUGCAUCUGCUAAGUUUCAAUUGUCGCUAGUUUUUUGUGAUCAGAGGGGGGAGGAGGGUCUGGCUUAGGUUCCAUUUGCCACCAAUGUGGGUGAGCUAUCCUUCAUUGGUGCUAUGCAAUUCCACGCGAAUAAACAUAGGUCUUCUUUCCCAGAAAAAAAGGGGGGGGGGCGGGGUUGUAACAAGAUCUUGAUAUUUCUGGCAAAGGGUGUAAUUCUUCACUCACAGUAAAAGUAGGCAUUAAAUGGUAGUUGAAUCGGUAUAUCAUAGGAAGGGAUUCCUAUCUUUGACUUGGAGGAGAGGUUUAUUGUUCAAGGCUUUUGAAAAAGUCUCUACCACACUGUUAACUGAAUUCAGUUAACUGUAUACGUCAUUGCUGCCGAACCGUAUAAUGCCUAAUAUGCCUUCAACCAUCCGUUGUCGCUUGUAAUUGGUAUUUCAAUGUAAAGCAACCUGCAAAAGUGUUAAGUCAAGGAAACAUCACGGCCCAACGGCCACUAGCCGGAGGAAGGUUAUUCUUGAAGAAAUUGAGGAAGCUGACCAAAAAUUUAGAAACCUGGGGCGGUUGAAAAAAUCGUAUUGCUUUUUGUUCUCAAAAUGCAGUCAGAUAGAAAUUUAAAAAGAUCGAAAUAAAAUUUAUUAACCUUUAUAAAUACCCUUUUGUUAUUAAUUGAUCUGUGUCAAAAAUAUCUAUGGUUGAGAACAAGAACACUCAUUGAGUACCACUUAUUUCCUGACCACGUUCAUUUUAAGCUCAUUAAGAAUGAGGAAGGUUUAUAGUAAGAUUUUUUUGCCUGGAGGAAGGUUGACCAAUUUACUGGACUUUGUAACAAAGUUGUUUUUAUGGACGAAGAGGACACUUUUCGUUCGUUUCAUUUCUAUCCAAAGAGUAAUGGCUGCAUGUACAGGCAACGGAUAUAUUUAUCGGUUUUAUCAUGUAUUGUUGCAGAGGAGGUUCCUUGCCUUCGUGGAUGGAGCAGUCCCCGUUUAAUUUUGAAUACCCUUUCAAAUGAACUACUUGAAUUAUUUUUAUUAAACCUUACUUUCUUUCUUAACUUCGCUGGCACAUAUUAAACCUUAGUUUCUUUUACAAACAUUAACAGUGUCUUCCCAAGCUUGCGACACAUUGGGGGUACUGGGGUGCGACAGGGUACAUGGUUACAGCAAAAACCGUUUUGAAUGGUCUUCUGAGUGUCUCUUAAAUUUAGAAUUUUUUAUCUAAUGAAAAUUUCUGUUAUUGGUCUGUCGUAUAGUGCUCGAUGCCGUGAAGGCAGUAGAACUGCACGUGCUACGGCUUUAAGUUACAGCUUCUUAAUCGUGUUUACGUAGUCUGAGAGUCGCUUUAAGCUACAGCUUUAAGUUGCCGCUAUGUUUGAUGCCUAAUGUGAUCAUCAAGCAACUGUACAUCUGAAUUGCGAUUUAUGAUGAAACGUUUAGAAUGUAUUACAUCGAAUUGAUUAUUAGGCUAUUCUUGAUGUACUUCAGUGAAACAUUCGUCGAUUUGCUGAAACUCUCGUCCCAAAAAGCUGUAUCGAAGGCCCUUAACCCUUUACGUACAUUAUGACAAUUAUACUAAUAGAAACAUCAUAAAGAAACAAGCGAAUUCAAAACUUAGUCGUUAAAAUACUUGUUUUAAAUUAAAAACUGCUGAGAGCUUCGUCUUCAAACUGACACGAAAGGAAGUCACAGUUAAAAAGGGAAUAUGUUAGAACGGGCCUAAUUUUAAAAAUGGACAUACCUUUUGAAUUGCAGUCUAUGGAUCACUGGAAUCUCCACUUAAGCAUUCUCAGAAACUGCUCUAUCAAGACUUGAAAACUUCAAGCUUGUAAUUACUAAUAAACAUUGCAACGCACCCUUAGGCCAGAAACUAGGCAUCCUUUUGCUAAGUAAAACGAAUAGUGCCAAGAGAACCUGCCCUAGAAACUCCCAGGAGGCAUCUUAAGUGGCAACAGAGGAAUUUAACUCACUUGGGGUAGCAUAUCAUCACGGGAUUCGAUUGCAGAAUCUAGAAAUCUGUCCUCGUGGGGAUGUUGUGCAUGAUUUCUCUUUUGAGAACUUAAAUCCCCAAUGAAAUGAAUGUUUUUGAAAAGGAAGUCACAUAUAAAGACUUGAUAGAACCCGAAAACUUUGGCCUACACGAAACUGUUCAUCUUCAUCUAGUUCAUUAGCUAACAUUUAUCAUACUACUACCCCAUGUAGAAACAAAAGCAAGAAACGACAACAUUUGCACAAUAUCAAAAAUACAAAAAUCAAAACACUAUCAAAAGUGGAAAACAACUAGAAUUUAGCGAAAAUUCUAAAAACGAAUCUAUUUUAAAGUAAAAACUAAAUAGAAACGAAAAUAUACAAAAAGUCAACGAUAAAUUGAGUUUGAUAUAAUUUUUCUUUACAAAACCUAAAGAAUAUAAAGCUUUAUUUCUAACUUCUCUUUAAAUAAAUGGUUAAUGUAAUAAAAAUGAAAUACCUAUAAAAAAUAUUCUGUCUUAAGGGCAUUUUGACCAGGUUUUUUCAAUUAAGGCCAUGUUUUCGGUACAUUCGAGACUGCAGUUUCCUUGGUUUACUUGCCCUAGGUCGCUUUGAAUUACAAAAA